AUGAUCUUCGCGCUUGCCGCCGCCCUGCUGACGGCGCUUGCCGUCGCGGCGGUGCUGAUCCCGGUGCUGCGCCGGCACCGCCAGGGCCCGUCGCGGGCGGACUACGACCUCACCGUUUACCGCGAUCAGCUCCGCGAGCUCGAGAGCGACCGCGCCCGCGGGCUGGUCAGCGAGGACCAGGAGGAGGCGGCGCGCACCGAGAUCGAGCGGCGCAUGCUGCGUGCGGCACGAGCGCGGGAAGCGGCGCAGACGACGGAAGCGGCGCAGGCAGCCGAGCCACCGGACGACCGCGCUCGCGGACCGGCGGCAUGGCGGCGGCGGGCGGCGGCGCUGGGGCUCGGCCUUUGCAUCCCGGCCCUUGCCGCCGGCGUCUAUGCAAGCCUCGGCACUCCCGGGCUGCCGGGCCGUCCCUUCGCCGAGAUCGAGCGGCCGGUCGAAGAGCCGGCGGCAGUUGCGGCCUUUCGCGAGCCGGUCGAGCGCCUCGCGGCGCGGCUGCAGAGCGAUCCCGGCAAUCUCGAAGGCUGGCUCUUGCUCGGCCGCUCCUACGUGGUUCUGCAGCGCUAUCCCGAGGCGGCCGACGCGCUACGGCAGGCGGCCGCUCUUUCCGGCGGCGAUCCCGAAGUGCUGGGGAUGCUGGGCGAGGCGAUCGUUUGGGCCAACGACGGGGUGGUGGUGCCCGAGGCGGUCCGCGUCUUUCGCCAGGCCCUCGAAACGCAGCCGGAUGACCCGGUCUCUCGCUUUCACCUGGCGCUUGCCCGCGCGCAGGCCGGGAGGUGCAGGAAGCCUACGAGAUCUGGCUCGCACUUGCCGCCGAUACACCGGCCGACGCGGCCUGGCGCGGCGAUCUGGAGGGGCUGA